AGAGGUUUGGUUAGGACUCCUAAUCCGCCGCCAUCCGCGAUCGGCCGUCUCCCCCCACGGGUGCGUUGUGUCUGUAGGUGUCUGGUGGCUUUCCAGCGGAUCCUGCCCCGCGAGCAGAGCCCGCGGGCGGCUUGUGUGAGGACGGCAGUCAGCAUCCUGACGCCCCGGGCCUGCGUCCUGGGCUUGCUUGCAGGCUGGGGACGGCUUGCGGCCUUACGGAGUCCUGAGCGGCCCCCUCUCACUCUGCAGCGAUGGGCAAGUUCAUGAAGCCGGGGAAAGUGGUGCUGGUCCUUGCCGGACGCUACUCCGGACGCAAAGCCGUCAUCGUGAAGAACAUCGACGACGGCACCUCCGACCGCCCCUACAGCCACGCCCUGGUGGCCGGGAUUGACCGCUACCCCCGCAAAGUGACAGCCGCCAUGGGCAAGAAGAAAAUCGCCAAGAGGUAGAAGAUCAAGUCCUUUGUGAAGGUGUAUAACUACAACCACCUCAUGCCCACAAGGUACUCGGUGGACAUCCCGCUGGACAAGACCGUGGUCAACAAGGACGUCUUCAGGGACCCCGCCCUCAAGCGCAAGGCCCGGCGGGAGGCGAAGGUCAAGUUCGAGGAGAGAUACAAGACGGGCAAGAACAAGUGGUUCUUCCAGAAGCUCCGGUUUUAGGUGUUUUUUGUUUGUCAUUAAAAAAAUUU